GGAUGCCACAACUUAUGAAUUAACCGAAGAGGAUGUACAUUUCCUAUAGACCAUCAAUGAAAAGCUACAAAUUCUCAUUACUAUUGAAGAUUUUGAAUUAUACCUUGCAUUACUAGAUGCUAAAAGUGGGAAAGAUGUAGAAAUAGAUUUUAGUGAAUUUCUUAAAUUGAAACCAACCCUGCCACGAACCAUAAAUUAACAAACAAUUACACUUUAGGAAUAAUUAUACAACUAUUUUAAAAAGCAAAGAUAACACUUUUCUCGUUCACUUACGAGAUUC